AAGAUGGCAGAAAAGAGAAAAUACCGCGAAAUACUUGCGAGUUAAAUGUAAUUUAUGACAAAGUUACCCUCUGGCAUGCAUGAUGAUCAUCGGGGGCUAGUUCUUUAUGAUAGCACUUCGUGAAAUCUUUAAAACAAGACAUACAUCGAGUACGGACAAUGUUCCGAAGUGUGAAAUUGUACGUGUUCAUAUUGUGUAACGUGGUAGCUUUGAAUGCGCAAAAAGUGACUGGUCCAAUAUGUUUCGCCUGCGAUCGAACAGACAACCCCGAGGAUUGUCGGAGUUCUACGACAUGUGAAUCCGAAAUGGCAUGUAGUGUCCAGGAGAUUAUUGCUCCACAUGGCGUUGUUUAUUUCUGGUCUGGAUGCGAGAGUUAUGACUUAUGCGAAGGAAUGGCAGAAGCUACAAGCAACGUAUUUGUGGUUGGCAAGAGAAGCACGAAUAGAUGCGCAUAUUGUUGCAGCGUUGAUCUCUGUAACGGAAAUUGUUCAUCUUUUGUAAACCUUGCUUUCCACAAACCUGCCUACCAGAGCUCGGUCCAUUCUUCGGGCGGGACGGCUGACCGCGCGGUGGAUGGGGACACUACCAAGAAUUAUUUCACAGGGCAGUCAUGUAUGUGCACGGCCGAUGGAGAGCAUUACCCGUGGUGGGCGGUAGAUCUGGGACACGAGUUCCACGUUACCAACGUUAAACUACACAACAGAGAUGAUGCUGAUGAUGGACGUUCUAUUCAUCUGAAAGUGGAGAUCAGUAAUGUCAACGCAACUCUGCUGCCUAAGGAUUCACCACUUUUCCAAACGUGUGGCACGUACGUUGGCCAUAGCUCCGAUGGAAAUACGGUGACAAUCGACUGUCCCAGGAAUACUGUAGGCCGCUGGGUGAGGGUCCAGCAAACAGAUCCAAAUUACGAGUGGCUUCAGUUGUGUGAAGUUGAAGUGUUUGGCCUCUAGAAAACUCAAAGCCUGUGCAUUUGCGUUAUUUCGCCAAAUAAAAUAUCGAAAUUCGUGUUAA